CAGACGUAAGUACGUUAAAACUAUGAUUUUUUUGAUUGUAUAAAUAAUUUUUCUUAUAAAUUAUGUCAAUUAUAAUUAAGCAGACACCUGGUAAACGACAAGAAAGUGCCUUCAGACGUAUUUAAAGGGGCUCAUUAAGCGUUCAUCUUAAACAACUGUGAUUUGUUUAUUGCCAAAAUUGUUGAGAAAAGUAACGAAUGCCACGUGACUACAUUUUGAUAUUUUCAACGUGAUAAAAAUCAACAUUGAUUGGUAUGAAUAGAGUGAAUAUAUAUUGUUUAUUGUAGAUAUACACUAUAUUUGUUAAAUUGAAUUAAAAUCUAUGCUAUAAUCUAUUGUUUAAUUAUUAUUAUUAAUAUGCAAAGAUUAAACGACUUCUUAUUUGUAAUUGAUAGCUAUUCAAAUAUACUUAUUGUUUUUUUGAAUGUUUUACAAUUUUAUUUAUUUUAUAUUUGCAAUUCAAUGUCUUUAAAAAUAACAACAUUAUACAUAUUUGUCAAACUGAUCAACGUAUGUUUUAAUUCUGAAUAAUGUUAAAUUAUAUACAUAAUAUUGUAAGUUGACAUUGCUUAUAUUUUAACAAUGUAAAACUGAGAACGUGUCACUUAUUUAAUAAAAAAUAGAUAUGUAAAUUAUUAAAUCUGCUGCUAAGCCACGCCCAUGUUGUGUAGUUCAACGCUUAUUUCCAUUCCACCAACUAAUAUUUCUUAAAUCUGGGAAAACCGAUGACGUUUACAUAAUUUUAAGGCAUGUCAUCAGUUGGCGCCUAAAUCUAAUGGAAGGAGAUCAGCUGUCAAAAUGUGUAUCGCUACUGUACACGUGGGGAGCCAACAGUUAUGGUCAGCUCGGGCAGGGAAACGCAGAAGAUCAAGCCGAGCCGAGGCGUGCAGAAAGCGGACUGCAGGAGGAGCAGAUCCGCGCUGUCACCGGAGGAGGCGGACAUUCGGCUCUCAUUUCUGAUUCAGGCGAGCUGCUGGUGUGUGGACAGAACCACAAGGGUCAGCUAGGGCUCGGUCACACCUUAGAGAUUAUGACCUUUCAGACCUGCCCUUUACCUGGGUUUGGAAGAGUUCAGCAGGUGUCCUGUGGGUGGGACUUCACCAUUAUCCUGACAGGUGAUGGUCUGGUCUUGGCUUGCGGCUCUAAUGCAUUUGGUCAGCUGGGCGUCUCGGCAGAGAAAACACACUCGGCAGAGCCUCUACUCUUGAAGAGCUUCCAUGAGCCAGUUACUAGUGUGGCUGCAGGACUCAGACAUGCUUUAGCAAGCACAGCAUCAGGUUGUGUUUAUCAGUGGGGAACGGGUCUGUCUAGUCACGCUAAGAGAAUGUUGAAUCCCCAGCCUGUUCCUUCACAUCUUUCCUCGAAGGAGCCCUGCCUCGUCCCAGGCUUUGCUCAUGUGACCACACAGAAGGUCAUUGCAGGCUCCGCCCACUGUGCUUGCUUGACAGUGAACGGUGAUGUGUUCCUCUGGGGCAGCAAUAAACAUGGUCAGCUGAUCAGCGGGAGCCUCUUCCUGCCUCUUCCUGUGGCUUUGGAUCGGUCAAUGCUGCAGGACGAAAGGGUGAGCGAUGUUCACAGCGGCUGGACGCACCUCGUCGCACAGACUGAGAGUGGGCGGGUCUUUACGUGGGGCAGAUCCAAUUACGGACAGCUAGGCCAGACUGAUCACAGCAUGGAAAAACAGUCAAGUGAUGAGCACCUUGUGAGAUCCCCUGUUGAGGUUAAAGCUUUAUUUGGAGCCACACAGAUUUCAUGUGGAUCUGAACACAACCUGGCUGUUGUGGGGGGUCGGGUCUUCUCCUGGGGCUGGAAUGAACAUGGAAUGUGUGGCGACGGUUCCCUUCAGGACAUCACACAACCUCAGCCAAUCCCUGCUCUCGCCGAUGCUGUGGCUCUUCUGAUUGGCUGUGGAGCAGGGCAUUCAAUGGCACUGUGCAGUUUGAAGAGCAGUGAAGACUCAGCAAGAUGAGCAGGCCACUACCGUGCUUGCUUCAUCUACUGCUGUCCCUAAUUGGCUGUUUUGGUUGUCCUGGCUGAAACUAAUCCUGUUACUGCUGCUUUCUGAUUGGUUUCUGCUUCUCCAGUCCCAGCUAAUCCUCGCAUGUCCUUUAAAAAAUGGCCUUCAGUCCUGCAGUUGGUCAGUCUUUGAUUUUCUGUUUAGACUGUCUUUGGUUGUUAGUAUUUUGGCUUGCUGUGUAUUUGUGCUUUGCUAGUAUUUUGAAAGCUUGAAAUCCCUGUUUGUUGAUAUUGUUUGGCUUUAUUUGAUUUACACUUUGUUAUUGUUGUUCAAGUUUGUUCUUACUGUACCUUACAUUCCCCACUUAUAUUUCCUCGUGAGUCUAGAAAGGCUGGUAGGUGAGUACGGUAUGUCAUGUGACAAACAUGUCAACACAUAGAUUAACCUUUGUCUAGAUUCUUAAUUGUUUAUGUUUAAAUUACUCAAAUAUGUAAAAAGUUAACUUAAUUCCUUAAUGUUGACAAAUUGAUUGUGUGGAACCCAGCAUUUUUUACAGUGUACUCUUAAGUUAACAUUUUUGUGAGCGAUUCACUCAAACGAUUAAAAACUGGGCUCACUCAUGAA